AUGGCUGUAACACCAGAGGAACGUCGAGCUGUGCUCGUAGAGUCGCAUCGCCUCUUCUCAAAGCGUUCUAAUCUGGAGCUAGAAUGGGUGGAUCGGCAGAAAUUCCUCCAGUCGCGUGGCUACAUGUUGCGUUCCAGAUACCGACCUGAAUGGGUGCCUUCAUGGCAAGGACUGGACAAAUUGCCGAUCGAGUGUGAGGACGGGAUACUACUUCCUCUACGUCCGGAGCUCACCGACGCUACGAGGAUUAGUGACGGGAAGCUCGUGUACAUCAAGAGAGUCAAGACGGGGGACCAAGAAUCCAGAAUCGCUACAAUGCUCUCGUCUCCACCUCUGCUUAACGACCCGGCUAAUCACUGUGUGCGUGUCCUGGACCUGUUCCAGGACGAAGACGACGCUGCAGUGUCAUACAUGGUCAUGCCUUUUUUACGCCUUGUGGAUGAUCCGCCAUUUGAGACUGUGUGGGACCUGCUGGACCUUGCGACCCAGCUAUUAGAGGUCAGUGCGAAUGACAGUCAUUGUUCGUACAAGAACCUGAUGAUGGAUGCUGAUGCGUUGUUCCCAAACGGUUUCCAUCCUAUUCGCAAAUUCUCCCUUCCGGAUGGAUUUACACCAGCACCUUGGCGCUCCCGCAAGGACAUGCCAAUCAAAUACUACUAUGUCGAUUUUGGUAUAUCUGUUCAGAUCCCGCCAAAUACGCAUGCGAAACUGGCAGUCGGACCAUAUGGGAGGGAUCAGGAAGUGCCUGAGCUGUCUGCAGACAUUCCGUACGAUCCAUUCAAGGUCGAUAUCUUCAUCAUCGGGAACUUCUUCCGUCGCAAUCUCUACGACGUUUUUUCAAACGUGGAUUUCUUCCUCCCGCUGAUCGAGUCCAUGACUCGUCGGCGGCCUGAAUCGAGACCAACUGCUGAGGAGGCUCUUUCCCAGUGGCAGAUAAUCCGUGAGCGCGUCUCGCAUGUCCACCGGGCUUGGAGACCGCGACGUCGUGAUGAAUUUUGGAUUGAGAAGGUGGCGUACGAUACCUACUCCCUUUUCGAAGGGAUGUACCGCGCUGGGAAAUGGCUUUUCAAUCAGGCAUCGUCGGGUACUUAG